CGACAUCUGCCGUCAGCGCCGAAGCGUGUGCAGUGACCACUUGUGGCAACCCCGACAGCCUGAUUGCUCCUUGCCAUGCUGCCUUCCUCCCCUUCUUCCAGCGCCUGAUAUCUUGCUUUGAAAUGGUUUCAGUCUUUGCGUCGCCAGCAUAGAAUUCUUGACACAUCGAUGGACGGGCGCGGUCCUUUCGACGCUUCUUCUAUCAUGGCUCGAUGGGCAAGGAGGAUCGAGAGGUGCUGCUGUCGAUGCGCCACGUACUUCCCCCUCGCCUUCGUCUACGGCAUCACAUCAUGGGCUGUGUUUGUCGACUGUAACAUAGGGCUAAAUGCCCCGAAAUCAUCUUGGAUAGGCACGUGGUCCUCGCUGCUUGCCGUCAUCCUCUACGCCCUGCUGAACUGGUCCUACACGACGGCCGUCUUCACCCCGCCCGGCAGCACGACCAACGACAGCGGGUACAGCACCCUGCCCACCAACGAGCCCUCCCGUGCGACCACCAGCCCGACCACCUUCACCGUCAAGUCCAACGGCGAGAUCCGCUUCUGCAAGAAAUGCCAGGCCCGCAAGCCCGACCGCGCCCACCACUGCUCGACCUGCCGCCGCUGCGUCCUCAAGAUGGACCACCACUGCCCCUGGCUCGCCACCUGCAUCGGCCUGCGCAACCACAAGGCCUUCCUGCUGUUCCUCAUAUACACCACGCUCUUCAGCAUGUACAGUUUCCUCGUGUCGGGCGCCUGGACGUGGGAUGAGAUCGUCAGCGACGUGACGUAUGUCGAGUCGCUGAUGCCCGUCAACUACAUCGUCCUGUGCGUCAUCGCGGGCAUCAUAUCGCUGGUCGUCGGCGCCUUCACAGCGUGGCACAUCAUGUUGGCGGCCCGCGGGCAGACUACCAUCGAGUGUCUCGAGAAGACCAGGUACCUCUCACCGCUGCGCAAGACGCUGCAGAAUGCCUACCAGGCACAGCACACCGACGGGCGCGGCGUCCCGAUGCCCCGCUACGGCCAACAACUGCUGGACACGCACCAGAACAUACUGCCGGGGGUCACCCGGCCCGAGGAGGGCGAGGAGCUCCGCACCCUGGCGCCGAGCCAGAGGGACGAGGAGAGCGCGACGCUGAUCAGCGGCAUGCCGAGGCACCUUUCCUACGACGAGAUGGAGCGCCAGCGCGCGCGCAAGAGGUACGAGGAGUACCUCGAGGAGCAGGACAGCAGCAAGCUCCCCAACGCCUUCGACCUGGGCUGGAGGCGGAACCUGCUGCACCUCUUCGGGCACAACCCCUGGCUGUGGGGCGUGCCCAUCAUCAACACCACCGGCGACGGCUGGACGUGGGAGCCGUCGCCCAAGUGGCUCGAGGCCACCCAGCGCAUCGAGCGCGAGCGCAACGAGCAGCGCGCGAGGGAGCAGGCCGCCGGCUGGGGCGUGCCGGACGACGGCGGCGGCGACGUCGGGUCGGAGCUGACGCCGCCGUCCUGGAACCCGCCCCUGGGGGGCGCCGGCCGCCACUACCGGGACGAGAGGCCGGCCCCGCCGCGCAAGACGCCUAGCAAGGCCGACAAGGUCCUGGGCAGGGACCCCAACCUGUACGCGGACCAGCCCGGCGUGAACAUGAGCAGGCUGAGCCCCGCGGCCAGGAGGGACGAGGCGGCGGCGGCGGCCAGGCGGAGGAAGCCGGACGACAUCUACGGGGACAACGACAGCCUGUUCGACACGAGCGACGACGAGCCGGACGCCGAGGAGGAGCAGCAGCAGCAGCAGCAGCAGAGGGGCAAGGGCAGCCCCGGGCCCCUGAACCCGAGGCCGGGCAGCCCCGGCAACCCGUUCAACAGCAGCAGCAGCAGCAGCGGGGGGCGGAACAUGGGCGUCGGCAGCGGCGUGAGCGGGCUGCUGCGGAAGGCGUCGAAUAACUCCCUGGCGAACGCGCACGCCAACGCAAAACACAAGCAACGGCAGGACGAGGACGAGGUGGACUGAUUGUGGCUUUUUCCUGUCUGUCUGUCUGUCUGUCUGU